AUGGCCGGUCAUGCUCUUGACUCCCAUGAAAGCUUCCAGAUAUGGGCGACGAAGUGGCAUGUUGGAAAUGACGACAAGAAAUAUCUACCUCAUGAAGAUGACUCGGAAAUAAUCAAAGACUACGAUAGCGCUAGUCUCUUUUCUUUGAGAAGACUUGAGCGAAAGACCUUGCCUUUGGCACAUUACAUGGAAAUUCAAGAGUGCGUUUCGCAGAGAUGGGCGUCACGACUACAGGUCUGUACGAAGUUCGUUCGAUUCGCAACGUAUCUCCACAUCCCUAUCGAGACGGUCUAUCUAGCGGUCAACUGUCUUGACCGAUUUCUCUCGGUUCGAGUCGUGUCAGAAUACCAUCUCGACGUCAUUGGAGCGACCAUCUUUGCCAUUGCGACCGAGUUCGAAAGAUCGAGCAUACCUUCUGUGUUUGAACUCGAUAGUAGUCUCGCAGAGCGAUACCAACCAGAAGAUGUUCCUUUUAUCAAGGCAACCAUAGUUGACGUUUUAGAGAACUCGCUCAAAACACCGAGUCCGUUCGUGUUCCUUCGUCGGAUCAGCACCGCAGACACGAAGGUGCCGAACAUGCUCCCGCUUGCGCAGUAUCUAUCGACGUGUAGUCUACUAGAUGAAAGAUACGUCGGAAUUGAGCCGAGCCGGAUUGCGGCAGCGGCCUACUACCUUGCUCUGCGGAUUGUAUUCACGAGGAAUCGUCUCGAACUCGAUUGGAGCUACAAGCACAUCAAGCUCUCUGGGUACAGGGCGGUAGAGCUGAGACCACUAAUGGCUGCGUUGUGGAACACCAGCCAACAGGAACAAAGCACCACACCUAUCAAAGCCAUGCGGAUUGCCCAGUUUGGAGAAGCAGCCAAGGUCGUAGACCUUACCUCGAACGGCAUUCUUCCCUUUUUUCCACGAUGCUUCAAACCGUGGGAUUAUGAGGGCCUGUACGUUCCCUCCUGGGACGAGUCAGCAGAUAGCUCGCCAGAGAACAUCUCAAGCUCGUCAGAGUCCAGCUCACAAGAUGAAUGGGAAGAGGAGAUAUAA